AUGCCGUCCAAACUACAAGGGUUCUCGAUCCUGCUCGCACUGGCUGCGGUCGUGUACCAAUUCCUCCUCAAGGACAUUCUGUUCCGAACCGUAGGACUAGGUCGAACAGUCUUACCCGUCUCUUCAUUCCCGUACAAAUGUCAUCGGAUCCAUGGAGAUCCCAACAUCCAAGCAUGUGAAGAUAUGUGGCUGGAUGAGAAUUCCAGGACAUUGUAUCUUGCCUGCUCGGAUUCGGCUGCCCGGAGAGAUUGGAUGCCCAAUAUCCACCGCCUCAAUGCAUCUGCACGUGCAUUGAACGAUCACAUUGUUGCGAUGGAGAUUGACAACCCGAGUACUUCUGGCGGCUACACUUAUCGAGUUCUCGAGACUCCAGGGUUCCCGGGGGUCAAUGGCGAUGGACGUAUCCAUGUCGUGGGCAUUACGGGAAUUCACUCUACAGAUAACUCGGACGCGCAACUGUGGCUGGUCAAUGACCGUCCUUCUGUGGAUUCGACCACGGGCGAAUUUCUAGACCAAGAGGUCGUCGGUGCCAAUGCCACAAUCGAGGUAUUCGCGACCAAACCAGGUGCAGAGACCAUGCAACACGUCAAGACAUACGCCGAUCCACAAAUUGCGACACCAAACAACAUAGCCGUGACGAAGGAUGGUGGUUUCUUCUUCACGAAUGACCAUGGUCCUCACAAGGUCGGCUGGCGCCACCAUCUCUCACCUGUUCUCGGGACCGGCGACGUCUCGUACUGUUCGGCGACUGGCAAUUGCAAGAAGGUAGCAUCCGGGUUCAAGUUUCCCAACGGACUCCAUCUCGGCAGUGACGGGUUGUUGUACAUCCCCAGUGCUGCAAAGGGGGAUAUCACCGUGCUCAAACCCGCCGCCGAUGGAUCAGUGACACAGGUGCACUACAUCCACCUCGACUACCCCAUCGACAACUUGUCAGAAGACGCGAAUGGCGACAUUUUUGCCGCCACGAUGCCCAAGGGUCUCGCGUCACUGGCAACGUUCAACGACCCGUUGAACGCGCCGACUGCGCCCUCCACGGUCUGGCGCAUAAGGCGACUCAAUCGACAUUUACCAGAUGAGUAUGAGUAUCAACUCGACAAGAUCAUCGAAGACGGCGCAGGGGAGAAGUUGCCUGGUAUGACCACCGUCAUUCAUGAUGCGAAGACCGGAACAUUGUUCAUGAGUGGUGUUGUUUCUCCCUUUAUUACCUUCUGUGAGAAGAUCUAA